AUGGCUACUUUAAACUUAGGCUCCGCUUCUCACUUUGUUGAUCAGCUUCAGCAACAACGCCCUGAUCUCCACCUACAAACGCCGCCAAAUUCCGACCAUGUUACUAAUCUCAACCACUACAACGGCGGUGGCUCUGGUGGCAGCAGUGGCGGUGAUGUCAUGGUUCGUAGACCUAGGGGUCGCCCGGCCGGGUCGAAGAACAAGCCGAAGCCGCCUGUAAUCAUCACGCGCGAGAGUGCUAAUACACUUCGAGCUCAUAUCUUGGAGGUUGGUAGCGGCUGCGAUGUGUUUGAGGCGAUAGCCACUUAUGCACGACGGCGACAACGGGGGAUCUGCGUGUUGAGUGGAAGUGGGAUCGUGAAUAAUGUUAGCUUGCGUCAACCGACGGCAACUGGGUCGGUGUUGACGCUUCAAGGGAGGUUUGAGAUUUUAUCGCUAUCGGGAUCGUUUCUUCCACCACCAGCUCCACCGGGUGCUACUAGUCUCACGAUCUUUUUAGCUGGAGGACAAGGACAGGUCGUCGGAGGAAAUGUCGUGGGAGCUUUGAUGGCUUCGGGGCCGGUCAUCAUCAUAGCGUCAUCAUUUAGUAACGUAGCGUAUGAGAGGUUGCCAUUGGAGGAAGAAGAGUUGCCGAUGCAAGCAGGUGGUGAAGACGGGGACGGAGGAGACGGUGGUGACGAUGGUCACAACAACCCUUUUCCCGACGCAUCUUCGGGUUUGCCCUUUCUUAAUCUUCCUAUGAACAUGCCCAAUCAAAAUCAAUUUUUCGGUUGAAGGAUUGAUAGAAAAUUCACGAGCUUCAAUAAUUUUCACUCCCAAAUCUUUUUUUCUUCUGUUUUAGUUUCUUUCUGUAUUUGUGUCUCGUGUUAUGAAACUUGUUGAUCAUUCUUCAAGUGUAUCUAUCUUUGCUUUGUAAGAUAAGAUUAAUGAGAUUGAUUUGAAUUUUAUUGAGUUAAUUCAAAUCUCGUUAGAGAUCUAA